UUGGGCGGGAGUUCCUGGCUUCACGUAUCGGCGUCUCUUCUUCACGCGCAGCGCGGGCACCGAGGAGGAGGGGGACACAGACAAUGGCGGACGGUGUCGACCACAUCGAUAUUUACGCCGAUGUAGAAGAGGAAUUUAAUCAGGAGUCUGAUUAUCCUGUUCAUGAGCAGAUUGACCUUUAUGAUGUCAGCUCACCAUCUGCCAACAACGGGGACGCACCUGAGGACCGAGAUUACCUGGACAACCUGCCUGCGCCGGGUGGAUCCGAGGGGAGCAAAGGAGCUCCGCCGAAUGUCGUCUUCACCUACACCGGCAAACGAAUCGCUCUGUACAUCGGCAACCUCACAUGGUGGACCACGGAUGAAGAUUUGACUGAUGCUAUUCGCUCAGUAGGCAUCAAUGAUGUGCUGGAGAUCAAGUUUUUUGAGAAUCGAGCAAAUGGACAGUCCAAAGGGUUUGCUCUGGUCUGCGUGGGUUCAGACUCAUCGUCCAGGAAGCUGAUAGACCUGCUGUCCAAACGAGAGCUGCACGGACAAAACCCAAUCGUCACUCCUUGCAACAAACAGUCGCUCAGCCAGUUUGAGAUGCAGUCGCGAAAAAGCAUACAGUCCGGGCAGAUGUCCGGAGAGGGGAAGGCCGGGCCUCCAGGCUCAGGAUCUCGCAGUGGAUUUCCUCCUGGCAAGAAUCGCGGGCGCUUUCCCACCCCUCCUGGCCCGGGAGGAGACCGCUUCCCUGGAUCAGGUGGACCUGGUGGACCUCCACCACACUUCCAAGGUAUGCAAGGCCCGCCGCGUCCCCCCUCAGGCCCACCUGGGCCUCCAGGACCCCCCGGCCCCCCUCUACCCGGUCAAGGUCUGCUGCCACCCCUCGGAGGUCCUCCGAAUAGAGGAGACCGUCCUCCUCCACCCGUCAUGUUUCCUGGUCAGUUUGGUCAGCCUCCUAUGGGUCCGAUGCCUCCUGGGCCGCCCCCACCUGGAUACGGGCCUCCUCCAGGCCCCCUUCCACCUCAGCAGGGUCUGCCCCCUCCGGGACCCUUUCCUCUCCGUCCACCUGGGCCCUUAGGACCCCCGCUUGGCCUCGCACCUCCACCUCACAUGCAGGGACCCCCUCCUGGAGGUCCACCACCGGCCCCUCACGUCAACCCGGCCUUCUUCCCACCGCCUGGAAACAACAACAUGCCCUCGUCCGACAGCAGGGGCCCACCGCCGGGUGACAUGUACGGCCGCCCGCCUCCAUAUGACAGAGACUUUGGCCCUGGUGGCAGGGACAUGGAUUCGUCUCGCGCUCCUCUGAGUGAAGCUGAGUUUGAGGAGAUCAUGAAUCGUAACAGAGCGAUAUCCAGCAGUGCUAUCUCGAGGGCAGUGUCCGAUGCGAGUGCAGCUGAUUACGGCAGUGCUAUAGAGACUCUGGUGACCGCCAUCUCUCUGAUCAAGCAGUCAAAGGUUUCUGCUGAUGACCGCUGCAAAGUCCUCAUCAGCUCACUGCAGGACUGCUUGCAUGGAAUAGAGUCCAAAUCCUACGGCUCUGCAUUGAAACGGGAACGGUCCAGGGAGAGGGACCACAGUCGCUCUCGUGAGAAGCAUCGCCGCAAGUCUCGGAGCCGAGACCGACACGAGGACUAUUACAGAGAGCGCAGCCGCGAGAGAGACCGUCAUCGUGAGCGAGACCGCGAACGUGACCGCGAGAGAGACCGAGAACGUGAGCGGGAGUAUCGCCGUUAGUUGGAGAAGAGAUCGGGAUCACAGGUACGUGAUCAGAAAAGUGUGAUCGGAGUACUUUGAUCCUUAAAACUUGUGUACCUGUUCUUGAAGCCGUUUAAUGUGCAAUAUCAGCUCCUGCAAACUUGAUAAUAUCUAGUUUGUCUUUGAAUGGAUUUUGUGUGUAUUUCAAAAGUAUAUAUGCUUUUGCAUUUAAACUGCACUUAUUUGUCCAUUUAACUGAGAUUUGCUGCUACUUUUGACACUACGCCAAUGUCAAACAAUACCCACCCCCCCUUUAUUGUGCCUAAUUGAACAAUUGUUUGCCAAAAAAAUGAAAUUCAGGAUGUUUCAUGCCUUUAGAAUUGCGAUUAUGAAAUAUAAAUUCAACAUGUGACCAUAAAUGUAUAGAAAAUUGGUUAAAGUUGGUUGAGUUUGAGAAAAUGAAUGUAUUGAAAAGAGCCAAAUGGUUUCUCCGGUUGUGCGCUGACAUUCCUGCAGGCAGCUUUGAUGUUGACUAUGGUUGUCCUAGUUCUGGUUCAGUACCUCAGUGAUUUGUUGUGAAAAGCAAAUGAAUGGAGUCAAAUUGAUCUGCUUUGGCAUUUAAAAACGUGAAGCUUGUAGUCUGUCAGUUUGAGGUGUCAUGGUGUAGACAAAUUACAUUUUAAAUGUUGAGCACAUCUGUACAGUAUAAUGGAAAAAAAAAAACGUAUUAUGAAUGUCCUUUGUCAGAACAAGCUAAAUGUAUUUUCACUGUCAAGGGUCAUUUUAUGCAUCCUAGUAUUUCAGUCACAUUUGCAGGUUUUUAAUAGCUAGUCAAAUUGACAUUUUCUCAGUUCAUAUCGUUAUUCAUUUAUUUUCCAUGUUUGUUAAUGUUACGUCCUCUUAGAUGCUGCAAAUGUAGCAGUUCUUCACCAUUUUUAAUGUUUCUUAAAAUGUAAAAUAAAAGUAGAACUACAGUGUCAUAGUUACACCAAUUAUGCAUUAAAUUUUUAUCUGCUCCUUUAAUGCUUAAUGAAUGAAGAACUGCUAUAUUGCUUUUCCAGAGGUUACAUUUUUAGCAUUUUUAUGCUUUUUUGUUUCUUAUUCUCUAGGUAAACACCCAUGUUUGUGAUUUAUUUUAGUUUGAUUUAAUAUGCACCAGAUAUUUAAUAAAUAUUUUCACAAUCAGUAUUUAAAUGAAUGCAGCACAUGUCCUCAGUUCAAACCCUGUUGGUCUGAUUUUAGAAACUCAUUACUGUCUAACCUGUUGCUUCAUGGCUCUGCUGUGUGAUGUUUCCUACAGGCUAAAUUUGUACGUAAAUGUAAAUUUGUACAUAAUUUGUAUGUAAAUGCUGAGGACACUGUAAUAUCAUGUGUGAUGCAUUAUGAGUGACCCCACAUAUGCUAGAUUUAGAUGCAAAAGAAAAUGCUAAACAGUUCAACUAAAAUGGCAACUCGGGUUUAGCAAAUAGAUUGUAAAUGCACAACUGCAUUGUUAGUUUUGUUGAAUGUAAUUCUGAUAGCCUCCAAAUUGUUGCUCUGGCCUCCUCCUAUCCAAAAAAUUGCCAAUUUUUCAGCUGUUUGUUUAUUUUAGUUUUUCUCUCUUCUCAACUGUACAACCGUGAAUUGUAGCAACACCAUUAAGAGAAAGUCAGCAAUGCACAAUUUGCAUAUUGGUGUGUUCCCCAGUUAUUAAUUCAGAAAUCAUGUUGCACUUUUAAAUACGUGUUUUUAGUCUAAAGUAUGCAUUGGGUUCGAGGUUUUGAAUAGAGAGUUUAAGCACUGCAAACUUAAAGGAAUUGAAAGCAUUUGCUCCAAGCGUAGGACCCUGUUCCUGGGGAUUUAUUGGGAUUUAUUGGGAUUUUUGGAUGUAGUGCCUAUAUGUCUGGAGUUCAUCUGCAGAAAUGACUGUGUUCCUAGGUUACUUGUGUAGGUUUUUCUGAAGUAAUGGUCCUGACGUGGUAAUAAAUCACACCCCUUUUCCUCUGUUCACUAUUGUGCUUUAUAAGAUUGUCACAGGAUUGGACAAACUUGUGUUUCUGGGAUCAUUAUCGUUAAUUGUAAUUCCAAACUCUAACUACAGUGCAAGAAUUUCCAUGUGUUCAUGUCUAUCUUGCUAAUUAUUUCUUGUAUUAAAAUGGGCGGAAAUACCCUUGAAUGACUAAAGACACAAACUAAUGGUUUAAUAGGAAAUUGCAUCUUUUGUACGUUAUAUUUUUUGUUGAUUUUUUUCCUGACUAACAGAAGGGCAAAGUAUGACUAGUCUCUGAAUUUUGUCCAACCCUGUGUACUUUAUCUCCAGUGUCCAGUGAAUCACUAGAAUCAAGCAAUUUGGUACAGAACUUGAGUAGAAAUGAUGCUUAAAAUGGUAAACAAUUGUAAAUAGUUGCAUCUUAAAAACAAUUGCUCGUUGCAUUGGGGGUGGAUUGAAUUUGAAAUGUGGAUUUGAUGCUUGUUCUCGAGAGGUAAAGGGACACUAUACUUUGUACUUUAAAAUUAUGAUUUUAAGAUUUAGUAUUUUUCCUGUUGUAGAAAAAAGACUGCAUUUGCAGUUUUGAGUUGAAGUUGAACAACUAGUUAAAUGCUCUAAAGAAUCUUAAAUGAUUGGAUUAUCGAUUAAUUCAGAAAUUCAUUAAAAGCCAUAAUAAAAUGUGUCGUUUUUAAAUGUGUUUGUAUUUUGGCAGUUUACUGUGGACUUAAUGUCCAAUUGAAUGUUGUUUUAGACACCUUUUUAGAUGUGGUUUUCCAUUACAUAAAGAGAUGAAUUCUUCAAAAUAAGUGAUUUGAAGUAGAUCACAUCUGCUUUUAUAAUUGAUUUUACCUGUGGAAAAACAAAACACUCAAAGUAAUUACUGUUUAACCUUGUUGAGGUUAUACAUGUUUUAAAUUAAGAAAAACCAAUCAACCAAAUUCAUGCCAUUCAGUAUCAUCAUAUAGGGAUUUUUAUGCUAUUUAAAUUGUAUAUAUCCAUAAACUCUUAUUCUACAGAUGCAAUUUAAACAUGCACUUUCUUAUUGCAGUUUUUCAUCUUUAAUAUUAUUAUUAUUAUUAUUAUUAUUUAUUUUUUAAUCCAUCUUGUUCCAAGCCUGUAUAAUUUUCUUUAGUUUUUUGGCUAAAAUGUACUCUAAAAAUACAACACUACCAAAUGUAUUUCAAACCUCACUCAUUCAGAUCUUGUGUUAGUAGUACUACUGAUGCUGAUUUGUUUUGGUUGAUUGCUUUCUCAAUGGAACUAAAAGCUAUAUUUUUCAUAUAAGGCAUAUUUUGCCUAUUUAUCAACAUGGAUUACAGUUUCGAUGUGGGGUAUUGUGCAGUCAAAUACUAUUCAUUUUAUCCUUGUCAUGGACAAAUAAUAGACAUCAUACAAGAUUAAUAUCCAAAAUUUUAAAUUAGCUGAAAAUGUGUUUUAAGCCAUCCAGGAUGUACAGGAUGUAGAUGAGUUUGUUUCUUCAUCAGAUUUGGAGAAAUUUAGCAUCACUUGCUCACCAAUGGAUGCUCUGCAGUGAAUGGGUGCCAUCAGAAUGAGUCAAAAGCUGAUAAAACAUAACAAUAAUCCACACCAGUCCAUUAGCUUCUUAAGAAACAAAUCUAUAAAGAUGUUUUUGUAACUUUAGACUGUUGCUUCCUUAUUUUAACAACUAAAGUAUGAGUUUUUUUGCACCAUUUUCACAGCAUUGCUUGAUCUGUGCUUACUUCUCUGCUGAUUCAGACAAAUUACUUUUUCAUUGGAUGAAUCAAUAUUUCAGCUAGAGGACAUGUUUGAAGUUAAAAUUCUUUACCAUUGAAUUGUUUUUGUUAACAAAUCGACUGGAAUGGUGUGAAUUACGUCCAGUGGUUUGGACUCUCAUUGUGACGGCACCCAUUCACUGCAGAGGAUCCAUUGGUGACCAAGUGAUGCUAAAUUUCUCCAAAUCUGAUUAGAAAUAAAGUCCUCUAUAACUUGGAUGUCAAAUUCCACAAACUCUCAUUCCUUUAAAGUUGAGUUGUGUUGAGUACAGUGUUUCAUAGUUGUGCAUGCCAAUGUCUUUAUGAUUGUGUCGUCUAUUCAGACUGUUUUCAUACACUGAAUCCAGGGGCUUUUCUAAAAUAGUUUUUUUUUUUUUUAUUAUUAUUAUUGAUUGCAGUUGAUGUUGUACUUUUACCAAAUUCUGUGCUUUUGUGAAACUACUACAUUUAAAUAUUGCUUUAGACCAGGGGUCGGCAAACUUUUUGGCAUGUGACAAUUUUUUAUUUUUCUGGUUAACCACUGUGCCAACACCCCCUCCCCCCAUGCAUUCUGUAUUUAUACAGUUCAUAAACAUUUUUAAAUGAUACCAUAAAUCAAUAGGAAUUCAUUUUCAUGCAGAUAGUUUCUGAACACCACUGUGUGUUUGUAUGAGAUUAGGCCAAUGCAUUAAGACAGUUCAGUUUAACUAAACUCUGCUUCAUUGUUUGUAGAGAGACAAACCCAAUCAAUUUACACCCCUCUCUCUGAGUUGUUACCUAAAAAUGUACAUCAGUAUGCAGUUUUCCCUAUUGCUCGCAUGUCAUUGAUUUAUCCCUCUGCAUGCCAUAUGUUGCCGACCUCUGCUUUAGAACAUUACAGCAGUCAUAACUAAGUUUGAUGCUGUUGAAAGUUGUUUGCAUGCUUGUGUAUGUCUGGGACGGUCUGAGCGUGUGUAGAUGUAGAGGGGAAAAGCAGCUGUGUGUGUUUCUGGGUUCUGUGCCCCAAAACAAACUGCCACCUUCAUUUUGACACCUUUCAGUCGAACGCAAGAGGAGGAGGAGAGACGUCAGGAGCACCGUGGAUUCAUCCGACAGCGUCCCGGAGAGCGCCGGACUCCAGACACACUCUGCAGAGCUAAAGUAGAGUUCUGUAAAAUAUUAUAAACUCACUCUUAAUUCCUGACAGCUCUUUUUAUUUUUUACUUUUAUUUCAAAUUAGCUCUGUGCUAAAGUCAGUUCAGUGAAAGAGAAUUAUUUGCCUGCUUGUUCGAGAAACAAAACAACUUUCCCACAGCUAUGAUGUUGUAAAUUGUCAGUUAGCUAGGUUUGUUUUUAUAGGAUCAACCUUUUUUGGUUUCAUGUUUCUUCCCUUUUCCCCUCAUCCAUAUAAUGUGUAAGUGUCUUUUGCCUUGAUUAUUAAAUGGAAUGUGUUGUAAUAAA